AUGCAAGAAGGAUCUACAGAAGAGCUCCACAGCAGCCACCCAUGUGAGAGCAAACUAAACGAGCAUGCUGGAGAACUGGUUAACAGCAGCAGGAAGGCAAUGGUGACAGGAGGUGGAGGCCACCUGGGAUACAAUCUGGGAUGUGCUCUUGUCAGGUCAGGAAUUGCUGUUGUUCUGUUUGAUGUACAGAAACCUAAAUGGGAAAUUCCAAAUGGAGCAGAUUUUUUCAAGGGUGAUGUGAGGGAUUACGAUGCAUUAUUCAAAGCAUGUGAAGGGGUUGACUGUGUUUUUCAUGUGGCUGCGUGUGGAAUGUCAGGAUUAGAACAGCUUCAAAUGAAAGACCGGAUUGAAUCCAUAAAUGUCGGAGGCACAAAAAUAAUAAUUGAUGUUUGCAAAGAAAGAAAUAUCCCUAGACUGAUAUAUACCAGUACAGUGAAUGUGGUAUUUGGAGGAAAUCCUAUUGAAGAAGGAGAUGAAGAAAGUGUGCCAUAUUUUCCACUGGAAAAGCAAUUUAAUCAUUAUUCUAGAACAAAGGCAAUGGCAGACCAAAUGGUUCUUGCUGCUAAUGGAACUUUACUCAAAGGAGGGGAAAAGCUCCACACGUGUGUGCUCCGUCCACCGGGCAUCUACGGGCCAGAGGAGCCCCACCACCUGCCUCGAGCAGCUGGAAGUAUCCAACGGAGACUAUUUAGCUUCAAGUUUGGGAAUCACAAAGUUCAGAUGAACUGGGUUCACAUAGGAAAUCUAGUACAAGCUCACUUACUGGCUGCUGAGGCUCUCACCUCUGAGAAGGGUUAUGUAGCUAGUGGCCAGGCAUACUACAUCCAUGAUGGUGAAAAUGUCACCUUUUCUGAGUGGAUCACCCCUCUGUUUGAAAAAUUAGGCUACAGGAAACCCUGGAUACGUAUUCCUGUUCUCCUUGUUCAGAUAGCAGCCACUGUGAUGGAGUAUCUUCACCUGAGACUAAAGCCAGUUUUUAACUUUACACCUUUCUUGACAAGGAGUGAGGUGUGGAACAUGACUGUAACUCACACUUUCCGAAUAGACAAGGCACGAAACCAGCUUGGUUACAGGCCACAGAAAUUCUCACUUGCUGAUUCUGUGGAUCAUUAUCUUAAAACAAGACCUACUUGCCAAGAAGAUUACACAUUCCCUAAAAAAAUGCUGUUUGCUUUUGGCAUUAUGUUAAGUUUGAUCAUUCUUACUUUCUUCUAA